UGCUGCCGGUGUUUCCGGCGGAGCCCAGCGAGGAGGCACCGUGGCCGUGAGAGAAUGGCGGCGCCGUGGGCCGCCCGCGGGCUGUGGGCGGGAACCCGGUACAUCUCCACACCAGCUUUCUCUCAUCUGAGACCUGAUGAAGUGAUUCGGAUGCGUAGUGAGCUCUUCACCAAAGAAAAAGAGAGACAAUUGUCUCUUCACCCACGGAUUGAGAAAAUUGAAGUGAAAUACACUGGGAAGUUGCAGCCUGGCAGUACGUUUGUCAUGAACAAGGCUCUGUCUACACCAUACAACUGUGCCAUGCAUUUAAGUGAAUGGCAUUGCAAGAACUCUGUUCUGGCUUUAGUGGAUGGCGAAAUCUGGGACAUGUACAGACCCCUGACCAAAUCAUGUGAAAUUCAGUUCCUUACCUUCAAAGAUGAAGAUCCAGAGGAAGUAAACAAGGCAUAUUGGCGUUCCUGUGCCAUGAUCAUGGCAUGUGUGCUAAAGCGAGCGUUCAAGAAUGAAUAUGCAGUCAACCUAGUUAAAGCUCCAGAAGUGCCAGUAAUCUCUGGAGCUUUCUGUUAUGAUGUAGUUCUGGACAAUAAACUGAAUGACUGGAAACCAACAAACGACAACUUCCGUUCUCUUACAAGGGAUGCCAAAAAGCUAAUCCAUCAAGACCUGCCCUUUGAAACACUGCAUGUUGAAGCAAAAGUAGCACGUGAAAUGUUUCAGCAUAAUAUAUACAAAAUGGAGAUGAUAGAAAGAAAAGCUUCUCAGAAUAUGGGAGGAAUUGUACAGUUACAUAGGUUUGGUGACUUUGUAGAUGUUAGUGAAGGUCCUCAUAUUCCAAGGACAAGUUUCUGUUUCCAGUAUGAGAUAACAGCAGCCCAUAAUCUUCAGACUGACCAGUCUGAAUUAAUAAGGAGAUUCCAGGGUGUGUCCUUGCCAGUCCAUUUGAAGGCUCACCACACUGUAUGGCACAAACUGCUGGAAAGAUCAAAGAGGCUGGUCACUGAAGAAGAUUUGGAAGCAGCAGCACAGUGUCUUGAGGCAAAAGAUGGAACUGAAGAGGGAAAAACUAUCAAUUUAAAUUAAGUUGAACCUCUGAAUGUACAUAAUAAAAUGUGUAUUUUUA